AUGUUUUGCGGAGACUCCGAGUACGAUGCGGCGGCACUAUCCACAGCCGUGGCCUUAUUGGCAGCGCCGAACCCAUCACCUGGGUCUUGUGGUGUCGAAGAGUUCUACAUCACCUGCAACCCUCCACUGCUCCCGCUAGGCGUCAAGCGUAUUAUUGAAUCUGCGCAAUCGGCCUGUCAGGAUAAACUUAUCGAGAUACUGUAUGAGCCGGAGAUUCCCUGGUUCAAAUGCAUCACGGUGACUGAGUAUCAGACCCGAGUCUCCGAUGUCAUCCAGUGUCUUAUCAACCAGCUCCUGAAUCAAGAGGUCCGGCCACUGGAAUUUAACGUAGUCGAUCCUGAUGUGCGUGAGGGCACAUAUCACCCAGACGUCGUCUCCAGGGAAACCAAUGAGCCUCUCAUAAUCCCAUGGGUCGUCUUCAAAUCUAUUGGAGACGACAUUCAUCAAGACUUCGAGGAGUACAGGUUUCCAUUCAUCAUGGCCAAAAUGCCAUUCAAAUCAGUGUGGAGAGGGUUACAGAGUUCUACUGGAGUCUCUAUCGAUACGUUGUUGUCCGUUUUCUCUCACGUUUCGAAAUCCGAUAACGCGCCCAACCACUUUGGAGACUUUGCAUUUCACAACUCGUGUGAAAUGUCAUACAAUCUAAGGGAGAAUCUUAUCUACAUUGGAUCCUGGCAGUCAAUGGAUCUGGUUGAUAGGGCGGUCCGAAGGCUUCAGACGAUUCUGAAUCUACUGUCAAGUAAACCAAAGGUAUCAUCGCACCUCAUUCUACUCGAGGGACCCGCAGCAACCAAACUCACAUACAGAUGGAUGUCUCAUGUUGGGUUGGUCCAGGCAACCUUUGCCGUUCGGUCCGGCAGCUUGGCUAUUGCGGAGGAGUACAAGUACCUCUCAAAUGCGGCUACCAUAAGGAUCCACGCCCGAGAUAGAGCUGGUCGUUGGACCACUGAUAAUACUGUUUAUCCGCUGAAAGAUACGCCCAAGCUCGAAGUGGGACAGGCAUUCAAUGCCUUCAAAGGUUACAUUUUGCCUACCAAGAGAAAGAACGCCAAGGUUCAAAUAUUCCAUGAUUGGAAACAUGCAAAGGAUCAACCGAUCCCGGAACCAACAGAAACAAGGGCAUCCAAUACCUUUCGUGGACCUGUGCACAACAGUCAAAGUGUCCCCAAUCACUCGGUGGCAGACGAUCACCUGAAGCCAACCUCCCCUGUAUCUGUGGACAAUGACUACAGAGUAGCACAGAAUCAAGAGCUACACGACGACCAGAAGCUUCUUGCCUACCAACAGCCGUUAUCGUCGGCUCAGCUGUCUCCAAAAUUGCAUGAUGCGGAUACAUUCGUAAGAUCUACGCACCGACUGGCCAUUACCGAGAGCGAGUACUCCCACAUAUAUGAGCCAUCAACAACAACGGGCCCUGCAUCAGGCCUAGAAGAAUUGGAGAGCACAACUCAACGUCUGUUUGCGGCGUCUGACAACGGCCAAGAAGAUCUUCUCAUCUUUCUCAAUGACUCAGACGAGGAGGUUCCGUGUGAAGAUGAAAAGCUCGGCAGUGAGGUUCGAAGCACAGUUGCGGACCUUCAAGCAGUCAAUGAAGACAUCAUCCGGCUCGAGCGAUUUGAACGUUCCGAUGACCUCAUAUGGCUAGAUGAUGAUGAAUCGCAGGCUCCGCAGGCUCAUCAUUCGCCUCCAAAACCAGACAGUUUGGACAUUGUCUAUGAGGGUUCUCCCUCUACUCACCUUCAAAGUUGCGAACCAUCUGAGCUUGAGACUGAGACUGAGACCGAAACUUCUACCAUUGUGACGGAAAGCAAUCCCCUAGAAGCUCAAGACCACGCCCCUGUGCAUUUUUAUACCGGUGGCAUGGCCCGAUUUGGUUUGAUGGAUGCUCGUGAGCACAACUCGACGAAUGUUCCCACCAAAGCUCAGGAGAGUGUUCAAACGGGUAUUUGGACAAGUGAUCUGGUCAAAUUAUCAGACACUCAGCAGCACGACGCUGAUGAUCUUGUUGACUUUGGAUUAAUUGAGGAAAAGCCGAAAGAGUUUUUUCAGACCAUGAAUCAGAGAGGCGGCCGUAGCAUCAUCAACUCGUCUCAAAAAGCUCGUUCUCCUAGAAGGACUGGUCUGAGUGCCCACCAGGGACCGGCCCCUAGAGAUCAAAAUGCGCGUUCAACUUCUAUGACACCAAGGGAGCCCAGAGUUGACGCCGAAUUCGACUCCAACUUUCCCGUGCUUGGAGCAGCACCAGAGUCACCGAAGCAGACGAAGCAGACGAAGCCACAGCUACGAUAUGCUGAUGCUGCCAGGUAUCCGAAUGCCCCAGCUCAAAGGCCACCACGACUUGCCAAUGCAAAUGCAAGCACUAGUCGACCCCAUCCGACUCCUUCAAUGGAAUCGGUGGCGUCGUCUUCUAAAGCGGGUGAUAGUUCAAAGGAACCGAAACCCGAGGACUGCCGUGAGAACGAUUGGGAUGUCCCGCAAGAGAAGAGCGAUGUCCUGCGAGAUGCAGAGAAUCAGCUUAAAAAAAUGUCGCAAAUCCUUGAGUUGACGUCGGGCUAUGUUUCCCUGGAAGUCGUUUUUGGGCGCAUAUAUAUAAAGCAAAUGGCCCCGAGCAUUGUAAACCACACUGGUUCUGGCCCGGUGUUUGCAACGAAGGAUGUGACUGACCUUUUGAAUGGCGAGAAUUUCCGACAAGACCGUAUUGGCUUCUCUCCUAUUCUAUCGACAUCGGAAGGCGAUGCCAAUAUGUUGGUUGGCAUUGUGCCACCAGGUGAAACCCCGUGGAAUUUAUUUGAGAAGGAGAUUUGGUACGACUUCCAGUGCACCUACUUUGGCCCAAGAGGCGAAGAGUCCAUCAUUAUUGAAUUAAACGCUCAAAAGUUUCAAUAUCGAGUCCGGGGUCCGCGCCACGAAAUAUUUGCAAUCCACCUUCACUGCCCCCAACGAGCUUGGGAUAUGAAGGCGCGCGCCGUCCGGUCGAGGGCUCUGGAGCCUGAGUAUGCAUUGGAAUGUUACGUCAAGUCUCUAGUCGACGAGAUGGACAUCUUGGUCGAUCACAAGGGCGAUGUGAAGAUUCAGUAUCCAGAUUACAAUGGUACCCGCGAACUUGAAGCCAUCACCAUGCGUCGAGUUGCCCGAUACCGCCACGGGAAGAAGAAAGAUCAUAGUGUCCUCACAGUCACGAUGAGCUAUUCAAUGGAAGAAAGCCUGUCCAGCGGUAGACGGGGUGCAGAGGCAGUUCGAGUUUUUGCCUGCCCCAAAACUUCGCUGAACAGUGCUUUGCCGCAGAAAUAUUUUGAGGCGAGCCUAACGUCUUCUCGUCUGCGCCGCCACUUUGAUCAAAAUGUCAACUUGGAGUAUGGUGACAAGACUAUGUGGAAUACCGACCAGCUUGAGGCUGAAAACGUCUUUGAAGACAUGCUCAGGCCAGCCUUUGGAAUGGUUUCUCACAUGGAUCAUAUUGGAUCCUCAAACGACACCAUGAGAGGCGUCACUGACCAGGAUGCGUUCCACGAAUCAUUGGUGGAAGUAGACGUGAAGAAGAAGAACAAGAAGUGGGCGUUUUGGUGA